UGCGCGGCUCAGGGGGCGCGCAGCGAUCGGCGAUCACCGAUCACAGAAAGAGCCGAAGAUGUCGGCUCGGUCAUGUGAUCAGCUGUGUCCAAUCACAGGUGAUCACAUGGCAGUGAUGAUCAGUGUGCCCUGAUGAUCAGUGUAGCCCCCGCAGUGCUAGCUUUCAGUGUCCAUCAGUGCCUUACGUCAGUGCUCAUCAGUGCCUUGUGCCAGUGCCCAUCAGUGCCACAUCAAUGCCACAUAUCAGUGCCUACCAGUACACAUCAAUGCAACAUAUCAGUGCCCAUCUGAGCUGCCUUUCAGUGUCACCCAUCAGUGCCAGUCAGUGCCACCUAUCAAUGCCAAUCAGUGCCACCUAUCAGUGCCAUGCCCAUCAGUGCCACCUAUCAGUGUCCAUCAGUGCAGCCUAUCAGUGCCCAUCAGUGCAGCCUCAUUAGCACACAUCAGUGAAGGAGAAAAAUCACUUAUUUACUAAAUUUUAUAA